AUGAGUGAAAUGAUAAGUACUAUGGAUUUUGUUAGCUGUUCUCGUCAUAUUUGCCAUGCAUGUUUGGUUGUGCAUCGGGAUGAGAAAUGUUACCCAUACUAUCAGAACUGUGACAAACGAGGUGUCCGGGAUGACCGGAUUCGCCAACUUUCUGAUGAACAGAUUCGACCAGAGGAGUCCAAAGCGGAAAUCGAUAAUGAUUCCAUCAAUCCAUUUGUCAAUAUCUCCAUCCAAUUGGGAUUAUAA